AUGAUGUCUUAUCUGAAGCAGCCGCCGUACACGGUGAACGGACUGAGUUUAUCCGCCUCGGGAGUGGACAUGCUGCAUCCCUCAGUGGGAUACCACGGUAAUAUACACCCCCUAUUCUCCAUCUUAUCAGGAACCCCUCGCAAACAGAGGAGGGAGAGGACGACCUUCACCCGGGCCCAGCUCGACCUGCUGGAGAACCUGUUCAACAAGACCCGGUACCCGGACAUCUUCAUGAGAGAGGAGAUGGCCUUAAAGAUCAACCUGCCGGAAUCCAGAGUGCAGGUGUGGUUCAAAAACCGGCGAGCCAAACAUCGCCAACAGGCCCAGCAAACCCAAAGCGGCGCGCAGAACAAGGCGGUCAGCAAGCCGGUGAAGAAGAAAAGCUCCCCGGUCAGAGAGGCCAGCUCGGAGAGCGGAGCCAGCGGGCAGUUCACGCCGCCCUCGAGCACCUCGCUGCCGGCCGUGAGCGGCAGCAGCAGCGGCAGCAGCGCGGCCCCGGUGUCCAUCUGGAGCCCGGCCUCCAUCUCCCCGCUCUCCGACCCGCUGUCUACCUCCUCCUCCUGCAUGCAGCGCUCCUACCCCAUGGCCUACACGCAGGCGUCGGGCUACAACCAGGGCUACACGGGCUCCUCGUCCUACUUCCCCGGGAUGGACUGCGGCUCCUACCUUUCGCCUAUGCACCACCAGCUCUCCGCCGCGGGCUCCGCCAUGAGCCCCAUGGCGAGCAACGGGGUGUCCGGCCACCUGAGCAACGCCGCGUCGUCCCUCUCCUCGUCGGCGUACGGCGCCGCGGGGCUCGGCUUCAGCAGCGCCGCGGACUGCCUGGACUACAAGGACCAAACGGCCUCCUCGUGGAAGCUCAAUUUCAACGCGGACUGUUUGGAUUACAAAGACCAGGCCGCGUGGAAAUUUCAAGUGUUGUGA